UGUCAUCCAGCUCUCUGAUUGGCUGCCACUGUGAGAAAGUGCAGCCAGAGCCAGAGGCACACAUUCAUAUGGAGAUGUAGGACUAUAAAUAGGAGGCAUGAAGCCAGUAGAGAUCACAUUGUGGACAGCACACACAUCCAGCCAUGGCACCUACAAUCUCUACAAACUCUCAGCAACAUGUGACACUCACACACAAGCUCAGAAAGCCUCUAGUGGAGAAGUUACGGCGAGAGCGAAUCAACAGCAGCAUCGAGCAGCUCAGAUCUCUUCUGGCUCCAGAGUUCCUCACGCAGCAGCCGGACUCCAAGCUGGAGAAAGCAGACGUUCUUGAGAUGACCGUUUGUUUCUUGAGACGACUCAAGUCUUUGAACGUGUCAUCCGUUCAUCGGGGUUACUCCAGGUGUGCCCGUGAGGUGGCACACUUCCUGUCGGAGGAGCAGCAGGCGAGGACACAUUUCAAGAAACUUCAGUUUUCCAGUGAGGAGAAACUGAGAGAGGAGGACAUCUCGUCUUUGAGAUCUCCAGACUACAGCAGCAUCACAAAGGAGGAGACUCCGUCCCACAGUGCACCAUGGAGGCCAUGGUAGAACAUCAGGACUUUUGAGUUGCCUUUUAUAAAGGUUUACACGUUGUAUUCAAAUGUUACUCCGUGUAGUAAAUAGAAUUAUUCCCAAUGGGAAUGUCCAAUGUAUAUUUUAUAUUUUCUGCAUUACAUCGUUCAAUGGUGUAUUUGUUGUUUUUCCUCCAUUCAGGAGUAUUUCUUCUACAUGUUGAACAUGUUCUAGUUCCUUUAAGAGUGAUCUGCAUUCUAGCCAGAUGUUUAAAUGUGCUGCUUCUGUGAUUGACAGCACACACACCUUCAGUGAAGGGGAAAUGAAUGAAUGAUGAUGAAUGUAUUCCUUUC